AAUCAUAUAAUACAUACAUGAAAAAUUAUAGUAUGGCAGCAACCUGUGUAGUUCAUCCCAUGGAUGUAAUAAAAACCCGGAUCCAAGUACAAAAGGAAAAGACUUCGCUCUUUAAUGUAAUUGCUUCCAUAUACAGAGAAGAGUCAAUUUUGAAAUUUUAUUCAGGCCUUAGCGCUGGUCUCUUACGACAGGCAACGUACACCACUGUAAGACUUGGUAUUUAUAAUCAACUACAAGAAUAUUGGAAGUCGAAAUACACAACGAAACCCAAUUUUGGUACAUUAGCUCUAAUGGCAGCUACGGCUGGAGCUUCGGGAGCCUUUAUUGGUACACCAGCAGAAGUUGUUCUCGUAAGAAUGACUUCCGAUGGUAGAUUGCCAAAAGAACAGAGAAGAAAUUACAAAAAUGUAUUUAACGCAUUCGCGAGGAUAGCUAAGGAAGAAGGAAUUACCACUCUUUGGAGAGGAAGCGUAGCAACAAUGGGUCGAGCAGUGAUUGUUAAUAUCUCUCAGCUUGCAACAUACAGUCAAGCAAAAUUUUUAAUAGCGACAAAAUUGGAUAUCCCGGAAAGUGUUGAAUUACAUUUUUUUGCAUCAAUGUUGUCUGGAUUCCUUACUACCUUCAAUUCUAUGCCAUUUGAUAUAGCUAAAACAAGAAUACAAACCUUAAAAGGUGUAGCAAAACCACCUGGUUUGAUAACAAUGUUGAUAACGAUAACGAAGACUGAAGGAUUUUUUGCACUUUGGAAAGGUUUCUGGCCUACCUAUUGCAAAAUAGGUCCACAUACUGUUUUAACAUUUAUAAUUAAUGAACAAAUAGCAAAUUUAUAUAGAUGGUAUUUUAUGUAG